AUGGCGGCGUCAUCUCAGCCGACUACCGUGCCCCAGGUCGGGAAGCUCGUUAGUGUGGUACCUGUCGGUCUUAAAGAAGCCGCUCUUGACUCCCCCACGUUUCGUGCGACCACAGUCCAUUUCGCCGAUCAACUCGAAGUUGUCGAAAGAUGGCUCGACGGCUAUGCCAAAGCAGCUGGCAAGCUCGCAUCAGAGCUUGGGGUCUUUGAGCAGUCGAUGAUCUCAUUCAUGUCGUACAUGACGAACCCCCUCAACGUUUCCGAAGCUGUCAUCGAUCAUGACUAUACCCUGUUAGCCAUUAAACGACAUGGAGACUGUAUGAAGGAUACAUGGGGAUCGCUUUUAGGAUCUAUCAAGAAAGCGGAUCGUUUGAUUGUGGACCCGAUAAAGACAUUCAUUCAAGGAGAUUUGCGGACUUUCAAGGAGACACGGCGUACAUUGGAACAUACCCAGAGGAAUUAUGACCACCUUCUGUCAAGAUAUUCUGGACAGGCAAAACAAAAAGAGGCAUCUGCGCUGCGGGAGGAUGCGUUUCAACUACAUGAAGCCCGCAAAGCCUAUCUUAAAGCCUCCUUGGACUUUUCGAUACAAGCCCCGCAAGUUCGCAACACUUUGGAUAAACUUCUGGUGAAGAUAUCUUUCGACCAGUGGCGGGAGGCGAAGCUUAUCCAUGAUCAUAACACCACGAACUUUACAAAAUGGGGCCAGGAUAUGGACCGAAUCAAAGGUUGGGUACAUGAGAUGGAAAACAGCGAGAGGUACUCUCUUAAGGAAUUGUUAGCUGCGCGCAAACAGAUCGAAGAUGCCGCGGAGCUAGGGACGAGACCUUCGCGUGAAUUGGAUGAUUAUUCAGUUUCUACUGUCCCCUAUCUAGGACAAGCUCUUUCCGUCAAAUCCGACGGCGAGAAGCCCUCGAAAGCGGAGAAACAGGGCUGGGUGUAUCUAAGAACGACCACCGGUAAACCUACGAGGACACUGUGGGUUCACCGAUGGGCAUUCCUGAAGAAUGGAAUUUUUGGGUGUCUGGUACAAAGCUCAAGGACCGGCGGCGUUGAAGAAACAGAGCGUAUUGGUGUUUUACUAUGCAAUAUUCGUCCAGCAUUCCAGGAAGAGCGAAGAUUCUGCUUUGAAGUCAAGACCAAGAAAAAUACCAUCAUGCUACAAGCUGAAACUCAAAAAGACCUGAUGGAAUGGAUCAGUGUCUUUGAGGCAGCAAAGCAAAAGGCACUGGAAAAUCCUGCGAGUUCAGUCGCUGGAAAGCUCGUCGUUCAAGACCCUGCUUUCUCUAUUUCUCACCCUCCAGCGCCCGAGUUCACAUCCGACAGCACUGAAUUUUUGACUUCCACUGCUGGAGACGACCCCUCCAACGUGGAACGUACACCUACAUUACCAGUUCCUGAGCGCGAUCCAUCGUCAGUCAGGGCCAGCGGUGACUUCGCUAAUUCUGCUAGACGUAUACCAGGUCUUGAUGGUGAGGCAGGCAGCGGUAGAGAUCAUGCAUCCCGGAUAAUUCAGAAAUUUGACAUUCACCGCAAAUCUACUACACCGGCUCCAUUAACUCCAUUGGGCAACAGUAGCGGUGGCAUUGCUAGUCUCAUCACUGCCAGCCACAGUGUAUUGCCAUACAGUCCUGCUGGCGUUAUGCCGCGCUCUCAAGCAGAAAUUGAUCCUAAUCAAGCAGGCCGUGAUGAAGCAACUACGCUUGCCCCUGUUACUCUGGCUAAUCCACCAGCACCGACCAGUAUGAGUAAGGUCGCGGUUGCAGUGAGUAACGAGCGUGGCAUUGGUGUAGGUCUUGCAGAUUCCACAGGGGGGAUGCCAAGCGGAAUGAUGGCCAAUCUUUGGGGCAGUACUAAUUGGGGAUUUGUCAACACAUUCCAUACCGAAGGUAUUCGACUACGAGAUCCGAAAGCCUCGGGUGAGGGAAGUGCAUCACAGGGUUCGUCGAGCGCGGCAGCUGACGAUACUAAACCCUCACCCACACCAGCAGCAGCUCGACAUAGACAAACAGUCAGUCUCGACGGAGAUGCUAGCAAGCUACAAAGAUCCAUCAUUGGCAUUACACAUGAGUAUCCCAGUUACUACCCUUACCGCCUCCGUUUCCAGGAUGCUCAAUUCCGACUUCUUUUUCCUAAUGUGAAAAGGGAGGAAAGCCUUGUCAUGGUUUUUAGAGCGACUUGGAAUCCUAAUGAUAACCAGGAGUUUCCGGGCCGUGCUUUUGUGACAACCCGAAAUAUUUACUUUUAUAGUCAUCAUUUCGGACUCGUUCUGACAGCAAGUCAACCACUUGAUACUAUCACUGAAGUGACUGCCGCCAUUGGAAGAGACUGCGAUUUCUUGUUCCUUCAUAUCAUCUCACUGCCCGGCGCUGACACACCAGGUCGUGUGACUAUAAAGACGUUUCUUGAGCCCCUGAGAGUAUUGCAAAAACGGUUGAAUUACAUGAUCAAGGUAGCAACGUCAGAGGAGAGUACGGAUCUAGAAACGAUCUUCAAGGCGUUGACGAAGAUGGAGAACGAGUCUUUGCCGAGAUCGGUCAGCUUAGAUAGCUGGGAAGAUGUGUCAUUGGAUGUCCCAACAGAUAUUCGCUCUCGUUCUGGAACAGGAGGGUAUAGAGAUGUGAAAAUUCCGGUAUAUGUGGAGAAAGACUUGAGCGCCAAUUUUGAAAGAAACGGCAACGGAAGGGAUAUUCAGAAAUUCAAACUGCCAAAUCAGCCAGUUCAGUAUGUCCCACAAGGGAAUCUACAUGUUGCUGCUGAGAAGGUAUUUGAUAUCAGCCCGAAGGCUUUGUUCCACGUGCUAUUCGGCGACAAGAGCAUCAAGCAGGGACCAUGGAGGACUUUAGAUUCCGGACACAUGAGACGUGAUUUUGAUUACUUUAUUGAAAGGAAUGAUUUACUUGGUCGACCAAAUAAAACGAAAGUCUCAGACUACCAGAUCAUCGAUGUUCUCAACGAUCAUCUUUGCUAUGUCGUUACAGAUAAGCGUACACCAUGGCAUCUACCCUUCAGGAGAAAUUUCAGACUUGUCAGCAAGAUUGUCAUAACGUACAUUUCAAAAUCAAAGUGCAAGUUGGCUAUCUACACCAAAGUCGAAUGGCUGUGGUCGCCUUAUGUCUUGAAAAGUAUCAUUGACCGCCAAGCUAUGAACGAUCUAGAGCAAGACGCCCUAGAUCUCGUCGACUUGAUCAGUGAUCAAGUCCGAAAAUUAGGCCCUCGCAGUCGGACUAAGAGAGCCAUCACCAUCUUUGGCUUAAUUGGUCAUGAAACAGGUGUAUUCCAAUUCUCCGCGGCAGACAUGCGAGCCAUCACACAGGCACACAAGUCCCGGAAACAACGGUCGCUGACUUACUUGAUGUUCGAAUCGACGGCUUCUUUACUUCAGAGUGCCAUCUCAUCUCUGAUGAUGUGGUUCUUAGCACUUGUACGGUGGACAUGGAAAACUUGCAGCGCUCAUAGUCUGAUACUCGCUUUAUUGGGUUCAAGUCUAUUAAUCAAUGGCUUCUACUCAACACGCGAUACAUAUGAUUGGUGGCAUGAACGCAAUGCUGCCAAGCUUCUUACUCGACUUGGAGUUCAUUCCGAACAUGUCAUGAGCAAAGCGAUAUUCGUGAAAGACCUCGAAGAAGCCACAGCUUUCACAGAUUCUGUGUGGGUAAGAGAAUCAGAUGGAAAUGCGAGCUAUUGCUUCUCGACGUUCCAUGAGCAAAUGAUGUUCAAUCAAAACAAUUCUCUAUCUUUCGCAUCAGAGAUCCCAACUGAUGAUUACGUGGAGUGGAAUGCCAACCGGCGUCUGCAGGCUACUCGCCAACGACUUGGUAUGUAUCGGCACGACUUGGUCGUCGCCCUGCGAGUCGUGAAUAGGAUUGAGAAUGAAGUGCUGAAAGGCGAAUGGGAACGGUGGCUUGGUCGAGAGACGCAGCGCUGCGAUCGGGUUUCAGGAAUCCUGGAAGAGCACACAGGUGAUCUGAACACCAACGAAAGUGUCCUUUCCGGCCAUGAGGAGGAUGUGAAACGGUGGUACGACGAGUAUUGCUCCAGCUGUCAUGAGGAACUUCAGCGGCUGGAUUCGCCGCUUGUUUAA